UCUUGCAAUGGAGGAUCGCGAGGCAAUUUGUCGUGUGCGACCUAGACUCUCAGCCGCCCGACAGCAGGUCACAUCGGGUUUUUGUGCCCUCUGCCUAAGAAGGAUUUUUCUGUUUCGCUUAUAGUGUAUACGAGCGGUUCUGAUUCAUUUGAUGUAUCGAUUCUUUUGAGUUCUUGGAUGUUGUUUUAUCUUGAUUUGCCUUCUUCUAUCGUGUAUUAGUCAACGAUUCAUCUCUGCGUGUUCCAAAUCCUCUCAUUACCAAGCGAGCGAGCGAGUGAUCCCAUUAGUACCGCGCGUACCUUUAUAUACCAUAUCCGACCAAAAAAGGCACUGUCGAGUUCGGGCUCGCUUUCUUCAAGCAUGUCUCUUCCUGCGGGAUGGGAAUCCGAUUAUGAGAACGGCCGAUGGGUUUACCGCUACAAAACAACGGGAUUGACACAAUACCAUUUCCCACGGCCGGGCGACGAAUUUCCUGAAUUAGUAGGGCUUGGUUUCGGUCCGCUCGACGUUCCGUCUAAUCACGAACUUACUGGUGGGCACCAAGUUGACGUACAAAGCACGCCGAAUGGAUUCAAUCAUGUUGAGUCUGAGGCAAGGCAACAUGGGGGUGGAGGGAGUCAAAUAGCAGCAAAUAAGGGAGGAGGUUCGAUGAGUGCUACUGGCUAUUUCGAUCCUGAUAUUGUCCCGUAUUUCGGCGAUGACGAUAUAAGUCCAGUCGGCGGCAAUGCGACUCCUGGGCUGACACCACAAACUAGUAAAAGUGAACCUGUAAUAGCGGAACUUCCUGAAGAAUCUAAACACGUCCAAUCUCCCGUCGGCUUUGUCGCCGAACUAGCUAGCGGCGAGACGGCAAAAUGCGCAGAGGAGUUGGCUCCAAUCGAAUUAGACGCGACUCAAAUAGCACCAGCUGCUUUGCAGAUCAAUAUUCAUCAGAAUGGUCCGGCAGAGCUACCAACACAUAGAAGUCCAGUCGAACAGAAGCAACCACCACAACAACCCGCCCAAGAGAAUACGCAACCCGUCGAUGACUAUCCGCUAUGCUCGGCUUCUUUCGCCGCAUAUCCCCCUUUAAAAACAGCCACGAGACCUGUUGACAAUACUGUUCACCAAACGAAUUCUUCGACUCAAGAGCAAAAAGUCCUCGCUUCUCAACGACCGACAGAGACCCAACCAGAGCAAAAUAAAUAUGAGACGUGGAAACCUGCGGAUGGAGUCGUCAGUGAGGAAAUGAGAAAUCCGAAUAGGCAGUCGAUGGCGCUUUCUGGUAUAUCGGUCCUUGAAUCUCAGAAUAGCGAUCUUGGGCCUAUGGACCAGAAGCGACAUUCUCUUUCGGGACCUUUACAGUCUUCAGGAGGAACUGCCGAUCUCCCUGGGAUUUUGAGACCGCCGUCUGGUCCGAAGAUGUCAACAUCCGCACCUGCGACUCCACCCCAGGUCGAAUCCUCCCCUAUUCCAGCUGCCUUACAACCUGCCGCAGCGCCAUUGAAAUUGUCCUCGUCGCAAGACAAUUCCCAGCAACAGCCUAAUGGGCAUCCUCGCCUGCCCGGAUCCGGGGCAAGGCACGAAAGCAUUUCUUCAGGCUCUGGAGUAUCUGCCCUCAAUUUAAACCCAUCUCAAGUUCCGCCGGCGCUCAAACCGGCUCAAAGUCUUCCAACUCCAGGUGCUCAGGGCCCCCAACAAAUGCAAGCGAAUGAUGUUCGUCCAGGUGCUCAUAGAGUCAACACUUUGCCGGCUCAUGUGUUGUCUCAUACUCCUUCGUCUUCGCCCCCUAAACUAGGGGGACCUGGGAUAUACGUCUUUCAGGAAAUACCUGCAGCCACGAGCUCAGCAGCACAACAACAUCAGAACAAGCCACACGGCUCUGUCAAUCCUAACUCGGGAAACCCAAACCAGCCUACAGAGCAAUAUCAUCCCAUCAUGAGUCAACCACUCCCCGUCAUUGCUCCAUUAUCCGUAUCUAGACCCCAGAAGCCGGCAAGCCCAGACAAGCCCUCAACGAACUCUAGCAUUUCCGACGGACCAAGGCCUCCCAAUUCUCAGUCGCCUGCGCCGAACACGCUAGCUGGUACUCAGACCACUGCUACACCUAGACCUUCAGUACAGAACAAUCAACAUAAUGGGAUAGGUCUGAUCCAGGGAAGUUCGGCUCAACCUACUUCUACCGCCCUUCCUUCACAGGGGAUGAACAUCCAGCAGCCACCACAGACAAAUCAUUCUGCUUCACCCCAGAGCUCUACUUCAAGUUCUCCAACCUUGCAACAGAAACUACCGCGAAAACCCUUGCUACCACAACGGCCCAAUUCUACGACUGGAAUAUCGCCGGGGCAACAAAUACAGGCACAGAAUCAUCGGCCUCAGUCGAUAUCUGGAUCAUCACAACAUCCAUCGCCAAUUCCCCAGAAUUCAACAAUGUAUGCUACGUCGCCAAAUACUCAUUCGCAGAGCCAACCAUCCGUAACGAACGGGUCUAGCUAUAGUCUAGCGAUGUCAAUCCAAGUUUCUAAUGGAGCCAAUUCCCCAGCUAGUGGUCAAGCUCAACCUGUAUCUACCCAGGCCGCCGUACCUAACCCUCAGAAUGCAGUGCAGAGGCCACAGGCGAAUCAGAACCAGAGGCCUCCAAGCACCCAACCAGGAGCAUACGCUGUCAGUCAACAGCCGAUGAUAGCAGGAAAUAUUGCAGGGCAACAUAAACCACAGUCGCCGCCUCCCGCAGCUCAAUCUGUAUCUCCACUUCAGAGCCAGGUGUCGUCACCAACUUCCUCAAUUAUCUCGAUGCAUCGUCCACCAUCUUCGGCAUCGUCGCACACCGUUUUCAGUGCGCAAGGGGUUGCGGCUCAGAACCGUCCACCCUCCACUAUUCAACAGAAUCCAUCUCAUGUCAUCAAACCCACAGGAUUACAGGGCAACGCACAGGUUAAUCAACCAGCUGGACCACCUGUUAAUAAUGCGUCAAAACCCUUCCCAAUGCUACCUGGACAAGUUAAGCCGAUGGCCUCCCAAGUUGGAUCAACUCCUAUGCCUAUGCAGGCUCAACAAGUUCAUCCUGCGCCGGCACAUGCCCAGUAUCCGCAAGGCCAGAUGACGCCGAUGAAGCCUCAGCAACAACCGCAGCAGCAAAUGAAUCUGCACAUGGCACAGGUAGGAGCGCAAAGACCACCCCAACAGCAACACAUACAGGGACAUCAGAUAUCUCCUUCAGGGCCCGCAAUACAUGGUCAGCCAAUACCAGCGGUAACACAACAUGGACAACCCCGUCCACCUGUACAUACAAUGCCGGUCCAGCAACAUAUACCUGUAAAUUUGGCAACACAAGUGCAGAAUCAAGCAUCGCAUAUACACCAGGGCACGGGUCAAGCCGGGCAAUCACCUAACGGGCAAUCGAUAAUGAAUUCAACGCAAGGAACUUCAUUCCAGCUCCAAGCAUCUCUUACGACACAGUCCUCCCAUACAGCAACAUCACAAACGCAGGGGGCGUAUGCAUCCAUUAAUGGUCAGCAUAUGGGGCAAGGGCAGCAGCAGCAACUUGCCCAAAUCCCUGGAUCCCAAUCUAGCUUGCCACCAAACUUCGGAGGCAAACAUUUUGACUCGGCUCAGGCCGCUGCUGCCAUAACCGAUGCUGGUAAGAAGAUGAAGAAAUGGGCUAAAAAGACAUGGAGCAAUCCAGCCGUAAAGCAGACUACAGUUGCUGUCGGUGGUGCAUUUAUGGGCGAGUCGUUGGGUGGAAAUGCAGCUGUGGGUGCUUCUUUAGCAAAUAAGAUAUACGCUUCUACUCAGGGUCAACAGCAAAAUGGCCAGCAACAACGACCUCCAGGGCCUCAACAUGCCCAUACCGCUCCACCUCAAGCCCAGAAUCUGCAAUCCCCGAAUGCUGUGCAUCCGAAUGUGCAGGCUAUGAAUCGGCCACCAUUACAACAGGGUAUGCAACCUAUGGGUGUUCAGACUCCAGGCCGACCGCCCGUCGUACAAAAUCCAGGUACAGUGGGGCAGACAAUGAACCAAAAUGCCUUGCAACAGCAGCAGCAACAGCAACAGGCGAUAAUGAACCAACAACAGCAACAAUACCAAAUAGCACGACCUCCUGUAGGGCGUCCCCCGAUUCCUCAGCAACAACAGCCUGUCGCUUUUGGUCAACCUGUCUAUCAAGCUCCUGUUGGCCAGCCAAUGUUCCAAGCACCUCAAGGCCAACAACCACUUUACCAGAUGCAUCCGAAUCAAGUCGGCUACCAAGCGCCUCUCGGUCAACAUCCAUAUCAAGCCGCUGGAGGCGUCGACCCCUAUACAGCUAUAGGUGCUACGAUGGGAGGCGCCUUAGCGGCAUUCGCUUCAAGUAAACCUGAUUCGUCGGCCCCGGCUAGUUCCCAGCACCAUACAACCGAGUCCCAACCUCAGGGACACCAUGCGGAACAAUCCGAACAGCACCAUGAGACUCAUUCCGAACCCCAACACGGAGGCAACUCCGAACAAGGUCAUGCAGAGCAGUCUGGGCAGUAUCACGGUCAAUCGGAACAUUAUUAUGACCCCUAUUCUGAGCAAAAUAAGACGGGUUAUUCCGAACAACACCAACAAAGUCAUUCUGAGCAACAUAAUAACGGUUACUCCGAGGAAAACCGCGAUACACAUUCCGAGCAGCCAUCCGACACACAAUUCAUGGUAGACAACUCGAACAACGAAAUAAACUACGCCCCGCAAGACACGACCGUCAUCAACCAAACAAUAAUCAACAACGUCGACAACUCGGCCACUCAAAUAAGCAACAACGACAUGAGUUACACCGACAACACGCAAAAUAUCGAUAAUUCAGCGACGCAGAAUAAUAACAAUGAUAUGAGCUAUAACGAUAACUCGGCAACACAAAUCAAUAAUAAUGAUAUGAGUUACAACGAUAACUCACAGAUGCAAAAUGUGGAUAUGACGAAUAUGAACAUGGUAUACGCAGACUCGACGACGUAUAUGGAUAAUUCUACCAAUGAAGCGAAUGCGUAUGCAGAGUCGAAUUAUGUGGAUCAGUCUAAUAUGGAUAUGAGUAUGGAUAUGAACAAUGAAGUUAAUGCGUUCGCGGAUGCUUCGUAUGUAGAUUCUUCGUAUGCCGAGACGGCGUAUGUAGAUGCUUCGUAUGUUGAUACUACGCAGGUUGGUAUGGAUAUGGGUAGUGCGGAGUAUAUGGGGGAUCAGACGGGUAUGAUGGGUAUGGAGGAGAGUGUGAGUGUGGAUGUUGGUACGGUGGAUUAUUCGGGUGGUGAUUGGGGUGAGUGGUGAUGAUGAUGUCUUGGUUUAUUGGUUUGGAUAUUGGAUCUUGAGCGUUUUCAUUAUGCAUUGUAUUGAGCUAUUUGAUUUUGGAACGAUACCAUUGCAGUAUUUAUCGAGUAUAUGAAAAAGAGCGAGCGAAAUUUAGGUUGUUAUAUACUUUCAAUACAUCAUCUGGUUGUCUGUCACCCCCUUUCUUGUUACACACGCCAUGGCAUGAACCACAUCUAGUUACGCU